GUUUAAGUCUGGUCUGGUCUGGUCUGUUUAAGUCUGGUCUGAACUGGUCUGGUCUGGUCUGAACUGGUCUGGUCUGGUCUGGUAAACGUCUGGUCUCUGUGUAUUUUAUAACUACGGAAGUCUGGUCUGGUCUGGUCUGGUCUGUUUAAGUCUGGUCUGGUCUGGUCUGUUUAAGUCUGGUCUGGUCUGGUCUGUUUAAGUCUGGUCUGGUCUGGUCUGGGACUGAAAACAGUCCAAAAGAAAACAUCUUAAAAGGAGACGGAGGGAGUAUUUGUAGUGUGGAGUGCCCUAUUAAAUCAAGGAGCAACUAGCUAGUAUAGGGAACAUUACAUUACGUGAACCAAACACCCCACUUGCGUUAGCAUGGGAUAUAGCAGCGCCACCACAAAAAUGUUUUUUGCUUGUCGUGGUACCAAAGCAAAACUAAAUAAAUAGUUUAUAAUAAUAAUGAAUAAUGUUAUACAAGGAAACUAACUACCAUAAAAAAAGGAAACAAACUACUCCGGCGUAUAAUGCCAUACUGGGAUUAUUCUUACCAUAAGUAUCACACACAUAUUUAAGUACAUUCAGUGUACGAGCAAUAUACACGCACGAAUACAUAUAAGAAAAUUUGGGCUAUAAUAAGAUAAGAUAUCUAGGUAGGUCAGUAGGUGUUUUAUGAUAGUGACAAGGAAUAUGAGAGAAGAAAUGUCCUCCAGGCUGGGUGUAUUCGUGCUUUAUGUUAUCCUGGCCAUUUUAUUCCUCGUAGUCAACGCAAAAGAGCAUACACCUCCCAAGAAAUUCUUCAAUGUUUUGAAAUAUGGGGCAGUUGCUGAUGGAAUAACGGACAAUAAAAAGGCUUUUGUAAAAGCGUGGAGUGAUGCUUGUAACCACAGCGGAAGGAGUAGAGUUUUAAUUCCAAAGGGUAAGGGGGCAUACAAGUUGGGAUCAGUAACAUUUAGUGGACCAUGUAGGGCUCAUCAAAUGGCCUUUUUGAUCAAAGGAACUAUAAAGGCUCCAACAGAUUGGCCUGAUUUCGACACAGAUACUUGGAUUGCAUUUAACUAUGUGAGUAAAUUGGUUGUGAAGGGCGGUGGGUAUUUGGAUGGUCAAGGCCAAUAUGCGUGGUCCUUAAAUGAUUGUGCCUCCAACUCUCGUUGUCCCGCUCUUCCCGCGACAUUGAGGUUUAACUUUGUAAACAAGUCAAGAAUAACUCAUUUGAGAUCAAUAAACAGCAAGAACACCCACAUCCACAUUUUUGCUUCCCACAAAAUAAAGAUCUCUCAGGUAAGGCUAACUGCCCCAUCAAACAGCCCCAACACAGAUGGAAUCAAGAUCGGAUCUUCCACCGGCAUCCGCAUCUCCCGGAGCAUCAUCCAGACCGGAGACGACUGCAUUGCCAUGGUCGCCGGCAGCAAGAACAUCAGAGUGUCUCAAGUCACAUGUGGUCCCGGGCAUGGCAUUAGCAUCGGCAGCAUCGGAAAGAAUGUCGGAGAGGUUGUCUCCGACGUCCACGUCACCAACUGCACCUUUGUAGGCACAGAUAAUGGCGCCCGGAUCAAGACUUGGGCCCCAUCCAAUGCAAGUUUGGUUUCAGACAUAUUGUUCGCCUACAUUUUUAUGAAAGAUGUGAGGAAUCCUAUAUUUAUCGAUCAACACUAUUGUCCAAGUCACCACUGCACCAAUCUGAGGGGAGAUGAUUCAAAAGUGGGGAUAAACAAUGUGACAUUCAAGAACAUUUGGGGGACAUCAACAUCAAAGAUUGCUUUAGCUUUGGAUUGCAGUGCAUUAGUGCCAUGCAAGAACAUUAAUAUUGUAGACAUCAAUUUGAGGUACUUUCGCCACCAUGGAGGACCGGCGAGGUCAAGUUGUAGUAAUGUGUUUGGCCAGUCCUCUGGGAAACAGAUCCCAUCGGGUUGUUUAUAGGUUUAAUUAUAUAGUUUCUUCUAAUUUAUUGAUUGUUUGUGCUAUAAUAUAUGUAGAAUCAUUUUUUAUGGAGCCAAGUGAUCUCUCAAGAAGGAUCAUAAAAUAUCUUCAAAUAGGAUUAACAUUUUCUUUUGAAUGAGACUCAUUCACUCUUUAACAAGAG